CCACCAACAGAGGGCUCACAGCUGGAUGGCGCGUAAGAGAUCGACCGCGAGUGCAUGAAGUUCAAGUGGGACGGGAAGAAGUUGGGACGAAGUCUUAUAACUUAGGCCCCCCUAUAUGUUUUUUAUCGAAGUUGUAAAUCCAGUGAAACAGAGAUGUCUUCAGUAGUCCUCACUACCAUCGUUGUUGCCCUGAUGCUGGCCGUCAUGCCUGGUGCACUGCAUGCUGUGCGUGGACCAUUCCAGGCAAUGUUUGCCGCCAACCCACCGGCGCAUGCCGACAUGACUGGGGUGGAUCCGGGACAGCCCCUGUUCCUGACGCCCUACAUAGAGCGGGGUCAAAUCCAGGAAGGACAGAGACUAAGUCUGGUGGGCGACCUGAACGGUACGAGUGUCAAGAGCUACUCGGGAUUCCUGACGGUCAACAGAGAUUACAAUAGCAACAUGUUCUUCUGGUUUUUCCCAGCCCAGUUAAAUCCGGAGCAUGCUCCAGUGUUGCUAUGGUUACAAGGAGGCCCAGGAGGCACAUCCCUGUUUGGCCUGUUUGUGGAGCAUGGCCCGUUUUCAGUGACAAAGGACUUAAAAUUGUUGCCGCGGAAGUAUUCCUGGACUACCAAGUAUUCAAUGCUCUACAUAGACAAUCCAGUUGGUACAGGGUUUAGCUUUACCAAGAAUGACCAGGGCUAUGCAAGAAAUGAGACAGCGGUGGCCAAGGACCUGUACAGUGCCUUGGUCCAGUUUUUUGAGCUGUUUCCCCAGUAUCAGAAAAAUGCUUUCUAUGCAACGGGUGAGUCCUAUGCUGGCAAGUACGUACCUGCUCUCAGCUACGUGAUCCACGUGGAAAACCCAGAAGCCAAGAUCAAGAUCAAUUUUAAAGGAAUGGCCAUAGGAGAUGGAUUCACUGCCCCAGUCAAACUGAUUCCAGGCUAUGGUGCUUUCAUGCUGCAGACGGGGCAGGCCGACUUCCUUCAGAAGGAGAUUAUAGACAAGGCCACAGCCGAAAUUGUCCUACUGAUUAAUGCCAAAGACUGGGAAGGCGCAGCCCAUGCGAUUGACUUGCUAAUAAACAGCGACACAGACAGCCUCUUCCGGAACAUUACCGGCUGCACCGACUACUACAACUACAUGAGAACCAACACCCCUGUUGACCAGAGCUACUUCAAUAAUUACCUGGCCCUACCAGAGGUCAGGAAGGCCAUCCACGUGGGCAACCUGACCUUCCACAACGGGGAUAAGGUCUCUGACUACCUCCGGGAAGAUUUCAUGCAGUCGGUGGAGGCAGAGGUGGCCUUUCUCGCUGACCAAAACUACCAGAUUCUGUUUUACAGCGGUCAGCUGGACGUCAUUGUCGCGGCCCCUCUGACGGAAGCUUUCCUGGACCAAUUAGAAUGGAAGGGCAUGGCCGAGUACAUCUUUGCCGAGAGGAAGAUCUGGAAAGUGCAGGGCGACACCGAAGUUGCCGGCUACGCCAAGAAGGUGCAGAAUCUUCAGCAGGUGUUAGUGCGAGGGGGCGGGCAUAUCCUACCCUACGACCAACCUCGUCGCAGCUUUGAUAUGAUUGACAGAUUCAUCACUGGACGGCCUUUUGAUGUCAAAUAAUAGGCACAUAAUGAGCAUCCUACAGAUGCAUUACAAGGCCAACAGGGGUUUACAAAGUGGUGCAUAGUUAGUUUGAAACGUGAAAUGCCCCACUGUUUCCAUAGUAGGGUAUUACCUUUUGCUUUUUGAAUAUUAGAAUAGGGGAACAGGUUGAGGAAACAUAUACAGAUGCCUGAAGAUUUUGUUAUUGUGUAUUGUGUGGAGUUUAGAGAAGUACAAAAUAUAUGCACUUAGAAGAAAACCAAUGAGAGCUUGUUGAUUGAGGAAGCUGUUCUAAAGUCAGGUUGUUUUGUUCUUAAUGUAAGCAGUUUGGAAAUUGCAUCUUUUCACUUUUCAUACAAUAGAAAGUCAGUCAUUUGAAUAAAUUAUACAUGAACAAGUGAGAGUACACUCCAGGCCCAAUAGGGUGUACCAUGCUCAAAAACAGUUCUCAGCAUACUGAGAAAUGAACUCGGUAGAACAGCUGCGACAGGCACCCUGUGCCACAUGUUACUUUGACUCUUAAAUAUUUUCCUGGCCGAGUAAAGUUUCCAGUUCAGAAGCUCACGGAAAUUGGCACACUUGUUUUUUAAACCAGAUCGUUAAUUUUCCUGCCAGGCAGCAUAGGGCAAAAAUGGGCCCUCCUCAUUGAAAGCGGGACCAUCUGACCAGUCUUUUCUUUCAAAGCCAUCAGUUAGGCUCUUCUGUUAAUUCUUGUAAACGCCAACAUUGCCUUUCCAUGAUAAUCAACCAUCUUCAAAAAAGGAAAGCUAAGCAAUAUGUUGUUCCAGUGAUGUUUGUAAGUAGACUCACUUAGCUAGUAUAUGUAUUUAGAAUACCGGUACCUUAGUACAAGGGUGAGAUUGAUGAAUAAUGAAAUAGCCACAAAAUAACUAAAGGUUUUGAGGGCCCCCAGCUGGAGUCUAUGAUAUUUGUUUUUUUUCCUGAGAGCACUCUUAUAGCCUAACUUUUCUAUCAGCAUUUGUGACCCGCUCUGUCAAAAUGAGUCCUGUGUCACCAGAGCCACAUUUUGAGUUUUCAUUUGUAUUAGAAGGAGCAAAUUGAGUUUUUUGUUUUGAUGUAUCACUCAGUUUGGCAUCCUGAUGAAAGUGGAUACUCCAUGAUGAAAAAUGCUGUGGGUUGCUAAUGAUUUACACGUACAAAAUUAUUCUAAAGGACUUUUUACUCCAAAGUGGCUCUGGCAACUUAAAACUCAUUUUCACAGAGUGGGUCACAUUUACAUAUAAGAUUUUUUAAGAUUUCCAGAUUUUUAUAAAGAUUGUUUGAAAAAUCAUGAAAUCAGGAAGAUCUUGAUGCAAAAAUCCUGACAUCAAGAAAAAUCCUGACAAAUCUCACCCGUCAGCAUGACUUUGAUUUUAAAAACAAUUUACAAUGUACAUGUAGUAACUUGAGGCCUCUUUCUAUUUACUGUAAAUACCAAGUUGUAACCAUUUCUUGGCAUUUUGGGGAUUGUUUCAGUGUUUUGGUAAAUCUCUGAAAGAUAUAUUAUUGACAUAAUAAUUAAAAGUUAAUAGUUGCGUCAUUCUGCUUUGCACAAGGUCUAAAAAUA